AUGGUGGUCCACUUGUCAGCUCUGAUCUUUCCACUGAUCAUCAUCUACAGUGCAGUACCUGGAUCAAGUCUUUUCUCAUGGCAUCCAACAUUAAUGGCACUUGGUGUUUCAUUUUUCAUGUUGGAGGGUAUUGUGAUCUUCUCCAAGAGCUCAUCAUUGUUUCCUAGCAUGGCUCGUCCGACAAAAGCCAGCAUUCACUACUGGCUGAUGGGAUUAGGGGUGUCUUGUGUCAUUGCCGGUCUUGUGGUGAUCUACUUGAACAAGGAACAAGCCGGCAAACCCCACUUCACAUCCUGGCAUGGACUUUUUGGGGUCAUCACUGUGGGUUACGCUUGUGCACAGUCGACUGGGGGCGCUGUUGCAAAGUAUCACAAGUACUUGGGGCAUAUUAUCAAGAUUCGGCUGGCCGAUUUGAAACUGUAUCAUGCUACAUCUGGUCUACUGGCUUACUUGUUGAUUACAGUCACCUUGCUGUUAUCCCUGCAAACCAGCUGGGCAUUAAGCACACUCCACUGGACUUUGUGGUAUGCCUGUUUUGGUUGUGUGGGUGUCUCAGCCCUGGUGGUAAUGAUACACAUUACAACCACGUAUGUGCCUCAAGCUUCAAGGAGCAGUUAG